CUUUGUUCCGAAAUCGACCUUAGCAGUUUUUCAAAUAAUGCGGUGACUUUGUAGCAGUUGAGUGACAACGACAAACCGUUUAAUAUGCUGCAUUUUAAGGUGAAUCUCUGAGAAAUGACAAUUCUAGAUGAGUGCCAUAAGAAGUUAGCUGAUUUACAAAAACAAGUAACUCAAACAAGCAAAAAUGUUAUAAAUCGUACACAAAAGUGGCGACGUCUGUCAACUGUACCAUCUACAGACUGUGAUGUUGUAGUAAUAUUUAAAACAGAACUUUCUGAAGAGAUUGUUGACUGGCUGAUAAAAAUUAUUAAUAAUCGUGUACCUCAACUGGUUAUACAUAAACAGUUUCAUCGCACAUCAAGGCAGUAUGCGCUUUAUUUAACUGCUUCGUAUAGGGGUCUACUUACAGGUGCUGAAGAAUUAAGAAUUAAAAAGACUCUAUUACCUGAACAUGGUGGUGGCUUACGUGAAUUUUCAGUUGAUGAAUUCAGUUUAUUCGAUAAUGUAAUGGAUGAGAAACUUUUUCUGUCAACCAGUGAACGUAGUAAUAUUGUUCAUCAUUUUCUGAUGAGUUUACGUGCUUGUCGUGAAGAUUCUGAUAUGUGUACCAUUAAAUUUGCUAAUGAUCAAUGUAUGAUUCCAUCUCUUCAAUCCGCUGGUAUUAUCUUACAAAUAUUUCCAUUACACGAACCAAGUGAAUUAAAUAAGUUAACUAGUAUUUGGAUUCGUCGUUGGGUUGUCCUACAACCAUUAGAUGAAAUUAAAGAAUAUUUUGGUACAAAAGUUGCAUUCUAUUUUGCAUGGCUUGGCCAUUAUACAUAUUCAUUAAUAUUUCCAUCAGUUGUUGGACUUGCUGUUUGGUUAUUUGUUAAUCCUAACAAAAAUUCUUCAUUUUAUUAUUUAUUAAUGGCUAUUAUCAAUUUAAUAUGGACAUCACUAUAUCUGGAACAUUGGAAAAGGACUAGUUCAUUUUUAGCUUAUCACUGGGGUUCAUGGGAUACACCAAUUUCAUUAUUAGAAGAGCCUAGACCAUUAUUUAAAGGUAAAUUAUCUUUAUGCCCAAUUACCGGGAGACCUAUACGUACUUAUUCAAAAUGGAAACGUUUAUUAAUUUUAUGCUUUAUUACUACACCUAUUGUUUUACUUUCAUUAAUUAUUGUUAUUUAUAUCACAUUAAUGUAUGUUCGAUUACAAGAUAAAAUGAAUAUUUAUGCUGAUAAUAAUACAUCUAUUAUACCAAAUUUUAUAUUGGUGACUUUACCAAAGAUUUUCCUGGCUCUAUCAAUAUCAAUAAUGGAUUUUAGUUAUAAAAAAAUAGCUGUUUGGCUUACAGAUUUUGAAAACCAUCGUUUAGAAGAUGACUACAAUAAUCAUUAUGUAGUCAAGUUGAUUUUGCUUCAAUUUGUGAAUUCAUUUUAUUCCCUAUUCUACACAGCAUUUUAUCUGAAAGAUUUGGAAUUAUUAAGAAAGCAACUUGUAACAUUACUACUUACUCGGCAAAUAAUUGAUUCAAUCAGAGAAAUUUUUUUACCACUUGGUCACUCACGUUUACGACAAGUAUGGUUAUCAUUAAAAUAUGAACAGAGAUGCUUAGCUGAACGUAAUAAGUUAAAAUCUGAAGAUAAUAAUGAUUCAUUAUCAACAUUCAACCUUUCAUCAUCAUCGUUAUCAUUAGCACAACCCAGUAAAACAGAUUCAGAUGUUGAUAAAUGUUCAAUAUUGCCUGAAAAUAAAAGUCAACUUGCUGAUAAUAACAUAACCAGCAUGGAUGUUGAUGUGAAUUCAGAAAUCCUUAUCCAUCAACGAAUCCAAAGUGUCACUGAAAAAAAUAAGUUAAACAAUAAUUCAAAAUCUUUUGAUAAUUCAGAAGAAACACGAAUAACACCCGCUGAGAGAGAAGCUACGUUGUUACGUUAUGAAGAUCCAACCGAUGAUUUCUUAGAAAUGUUUAUUCAAUUCGGUUAUGUAAGUAUGUUUACUGGCAUAUUUCCAUUAGCCGGUUUAUUGGCUUUUAUGAAUAAUAUAAUUGAAAUACGAGGUGAUGCAUAUAAAUUAUCAACUAGUUAUCAACGUCCAUUUGGUCAAGUUGCAAAUAGUAUUGGUAUUUGGCAAUUAGCAUUAGAUGUUGUCAGCUAUAUAGCUGUCAUUGUGAAUAUUGCUUUACUUGGCAUAUCUGGAACUAUACAACGUCUGCUUCCUAAUUUAUCUGCUUCACAGUUGAUUAUUUUUCUUGUUCUGAUUGAACAUGCAAUAAUCAUAACACGUGCUGCGAUCAGUGCACUUGUUCCGCAUACGCCUACUUCUGUUGUACUUCAGAUAGCUAAAUUAGAGCAUCGUAGACGAGAAGCCCUUAAGAUACUUGAACGUGAAUCAAUGCGUGAACAUCAACGUCAACAAUCACCUUCUAAUAUAUAAAAACCUCACAACAGAAUUUGUAUGAAGAAUUCAUUAACCUUGACGUACUUUACUUCAUGUCAUUUUGAUCUGAUAAAUGCAACUGACCAAAUAAGCAAUAUUUCAUUUUUUUAAAACAUUCUUUAUAUGAAAUAUGGUUUUCUACUACUUAUUUUUAACUUAUUAUCAGCUUAAUUUACCGCAAUAUUUACUUGGUGAUGUAAUAUUUAUUUCUAUUUUUUUUUUGAAUUUAAUGAUCUUUUAUCCUUUUUCAAAUAUAAACUGUUGAAUAAAUAA